ACAAGUACACACCGCGGCGGCCAAGGGAACAGCAAAGAGCGCAACGUCGACUCUCGUGGGGGUAAUCUGGGGGUUCGGCUCUACACCUUUGACAUGGGUUUGCCUCCAGCCGAACUCCACAGCUUGCAUUCUGCCAAGUCCAGCCUGCAUGCGCACUCUAUGGAUUUAGACACCAUGGACCACAUUGUCAUUCCCAACAUCGGCACAGAUGAGCCCCUGUUUGAAGUAAUACCAAAGCUGUCUAGGUACCCCUUACCUUCCACGGAUAUCUUCCUUGGCCGAACACUAAUUAUCAUGAGCAGUUUCAUCAGCCUCACCGUGGGUGACAUGACAUAUUCAUUCGAGCAGAUGAGAUAUGGAUCCCGCGGGCAACGCCUGCGACAGCUAGUUCACGCGUUGGCCGAGGAUAGCCACAAUCCGUUUAUCAUUGUUGCGCUGAUGAUUUUGAAAUGGGAUUUCACCAAUGCCCCGGAGGACGAUUGGGGACUCAAUGAAAGUCGAGGUUCAGCCUGUGAGUUCGUUGCCUGGCAGUUUCUAUGCCACCUAGACCAGCGUGAGACCAUCGAAUUCCUGUUAGAAGAGCUUUCGAUCCCACGACGCGGAUCUACUAAUUCAGUUGAAGCCGGAAGAGGGCUCUCCGGGUACACGACACCAAGGGAAACGGAGACUACUCCACUUUUGUCUGGCUCUUCGACUGCUGUUUCUCGGCUUGGGCUUGGGAAAGCCAACCGGAACAGUGAAUCCGGUGGAGAAAGCAUCAGUGAGGAAGCCUAUGGUAUCGCCAGAUACUCUCGAUUUUUCGGUUUGAAUGCACUAGAAAUCGCUGCAAUUGCCCAGGCCAAAAGAUUUUUAAGCCAGCGCGUGGUUCAGCGCGUGGUCAACGACAUCUGGAACGGGGAAAUUGUGUUCUGGGAUUCACUUACCGUGAACUCGAGAAAAAAUCCGCACAUAUUUAAUAGAAGAACGGCGGAUCCGUAUUCUAGGCUGAGAGUGCCCGUAUACCGAAAAAUGUUCGAAGCAGCCUUCUUCCUUUCCUUCCUACUUCUGUAUUAUUCAGUCCUCGUGGAAAGGAAACAGAAUGGCCUUGGAUUCUUUGAGACACUGAUGGAUGUGUGGAUUGCUGCCUUUGCGUACGACGAACUGAGUGGAAUGGUCGACGCGGGCAUGUUGUUCUACCAGAUGGACUUUUGGAGCCUUUGGAACCUCGGCAUUAUCGGUGUCGGGAUCUCCUUCAUCAUCACAAGUGAGUUAAUUGUCCCAAAGUCGGCCUUGCCAAUCUUCAAAGACGCAAGUGGGUCAUUUACAAGCACCAGGGCUGACAAGGGCACAGGGGUCAUUGGGUUAGCGAGAGGCAAUGGCUACAUCCUCGACAUGUCAUUCGAUAUCCUGUCCCUUGAGGCUCUGUUCUUAGUCCCGAGCCCACAGAAUAUGCUCCCUCGUGAGCCUGAAUUCCUACUUUGGAAGUCUCAUCCCGGUGCUAAAAGAGAUGGGUUCUUGACUACAUUUACGAUGCUGGCUCGCGACCGCCUUUCGCUCAAAGAGAUGUCGUGGAUGCUAGUGAAGGUAUUCUUUGGGUAUGGCGGUGAAGAUGUCCUUGUUGUCGACCGCUUCUUUCUAACUGCGAGGCAGAUCCAGCGCUCUUGGACUCUGGUCGGAUUGAUUGGCUAUAGGACUCCGCCUCCGAAGCUGAUCUUUGUUCCAAUGAGUAAUAUUUUAUUGCUCUCAUCGCUGAUCAGUUUGAUGAGCAUGAGCAUGGAAGGGGUAAUGCUUCAUGCUCGUGAGGAAUACCUGUUUCAAUUAUCUAUCUACGUUCUGGAGAGCAGCAACUCCCGACGUCUGACGUAUUUUAUGCCCCCCCCUGGUCACUCACACAUCACAAAGAAUCUAAUCCCGCUAUUUUGCAUUCGGCCCAUGCGACUUUUCCUUUCAGCGGGAACGGUUCGUCGAGUGCGCAUUGUCCUCCUGCGCGCGACUCACCUUCCAUUUGUCAUGCUUAUCUGGGUCUAUGAGUCUAGCUGGCGCCGUCUGAAUCGACGGACAACGGGUCUCCCGCCGCUGCCAAUGGCAGGACAUGUCUUUGCCGGUGAGCCGAGUGCCUCACGAUGUCAGGACCCACAACACCCCUACGUAGCCGAAACACGCCCAGGCCCUGGAAAUGAACGAACUGAUGUGGAGCAGGAUGAUAUGCGUGAGCCAGACUUGGCGCGGGCCGGCCAGGCACAGCUUGCGGAUGUGAUCGACGCAAUUGAACUGCUGCGAGUACAAGUGGAGCGCGUAACCAGGACAGUCGUGCAGCCCCGUGACGAAUGA